AUGGAUCUUUCGACGACGGCGAUCGCGGAUUGGCAAGAUCCUUGUACCCUGAUGGAUGUGAUAGCCCUAUCACAGGCAUUGGCCCUUUCUCAUAAUCCUGUUCAACCAAAUUUCGCGAUAAUUCGACUGCCAAAAGGAUGUAAUGUACCCUCAUUGUAUGCAUUAUUGUGCCAAUUCGGGUUCGCGGAUGUGAAAUUCUCGGAACGGGCAGAGGGCUGGCAAGAUUCGAUUGGCUACAGUACCCCAACGGCCUCUUCCUCAUCCACAGUACCCCCACUACGAGAUACACCACAGAACGGCACACCUCUAAUGACACCCCCGACAAGACUGUCGAAUUCAAGUACUGGAGGAGGGAAUAAUGAGACUUGGGGAAGCGAGGAAACCACCUCGCCAGUGGAACAAAAAGCGGAUAUCCUUCGAAGCCCACCCACGCCUCAACGGCCUCAAACACUUCCGGAAGCGCUGGUACAGGCAUUGAGUCAACCAACUGGACUACAAAGUACACCUAUGGAGACACCAACCACGACAACUACUGCGCUUACAACACCCGCACACAGUUCGCUGGAACUCGACGGAAUGGCCUCCACUUCGACCGUCGAAGAGAUCGUGAAAUCAGUCCUCAGCCUCCAUAAGAAUUCCUUGGCGAAUAUGAGGACAACAGCUAGACACAGUAAUGCCACAUCCAAUGGAUACGCUAGAUGUCAUCAAUGUUCCCGUCUGCUGAGCACGACCUCAGGUUCUCUCAUUUCUCAUGCCAUUUCUCACUAUCCGGUCAAGAGAUUCGGAUGUCCUCAUUGUGGAUCGCAGUUUUUUAAGAAAAGCAUGUAUCUGGAUCACGUGAAAAGUGCACAUCCGGAUGAGAAAGCCAUUGAACCCGUGGAUUUACGAACAGAAAACCGUGACCCAGCGAACGAUGCGAUCCGUUCGGAGUGGCGUCGCGUAGCCCUUGAAUGUUUCCCCAGCCAUUCACAUCUAUUCAAAUCGGCCAAAACUCCGACAAGUACGCAACGAUCCACCUCUAUCGAU